AUGCAUUACCGCACGCUUGGAGUCAAGCGUCGGGCGACACAAGAAGAAAUACGUAAGGCAUUUCGCUCCGCGGCUGUGCGAGUGCAUCCCGAUAAACCCGAUGGGUCUGUCGAGCUCUUUCAGUCUUUACAAACCGCGUAUGAAGUGCUGAGUAAUGAAAAGAAGCGUGCUCUCUACGACGCGGAGUUGGCGAAGAAAAUGAGUAAUCUGCGUGGGUUUAAGCGACCUCCCCCGCUUGAUAAUAUUCGUCUACCAGUACACUACAAAUUGGCGGACGAUGAGUACUACGCAUUUGAAACAGCUCCGGAUUGCUUGAAAUGCUCGUUUAAACAUGGCGAUAUAAUCAGCUGGAAUAACAAGUUGGGCUGCUUCAUCGGUCUUGCAGGUGACAACUUUUUGUACUGGCGUCAGGACGACCAAACACAUGCAUCCAAAUUGUGUCAGAUGGGAAGUUUUGGGAUGGGUGGUAUAAAAGUUGUGGUGCGUGCCAACUUUAUGCUUGCACGUGGGAGGUUCGCCUCCUCAUCCUUGCCUUCUCGUUCUGCUGAUACCGCCAAUUCAGGAACUGACCGAAAAGUGGCGGGAAAGCAGCAUGAUGACGCUGGAAAAAGCGCUCCAGUGACUCAUGGGGAGGCGAUGAAGAAGGGCCGGCCUGGCCGGCUCUCGGACGCAGAGAGACUGCGGCGAGAUAUUAUGCGGCGGGAGCGGGAGCGUUAUUACUGGGAAAGCAUGGCGGCGCUUGCGGAGAAGGAGGAAAAACAGCGCGUGCGCUUGAUAGAGAAAAUUGAGGCCGAUAUGGAGGAUGAGCGGCAGAACUUCAGGAACUGGCUGGAGGCAGGUGGCGUUGCCGUAGGGGGGGAGGAGCCUGCAUGGGUCAGACACGCGAGACGACACGCGUUUGGGAAAUGA